UUAAUAAUUAAUUAAAAAUUUAAUUUAAGACACAUAAGAAAAAACUCAAGCGCUCUCAACUUUAAAGAAUACAGUAAAAUACUUGUUUUAAAAUAAUGGACUUUAAAGAUUUACUGCAGAUUGCUGAGGGAAAUACAUCCCUUUCAAAAAAGAAGGCUGCAAAGUUCUCUGCUAAUAAAUAUGAUAGCAAAAAUGUAUCAUCCUCUGCUGUGGCAAAAUAUUUGUCAAAAAAAAGAGAAGAAGCUGAAAUCAUAAAAGCAAAAGAAAUUGAAGCCCGCAAACAACGAAUUUUAGCACGACUUCAAUCUUCCGAUCCAGUUAAAAAAGAAAAAUCAGAACAUCAAAAUAUAUCAAGCAAAAAAGAUACUGAUCAAAAGACUGACUUGAGGGUUGCUGAUAAUGUGAAAAAAAAAAUGGAAAUAAAGUUGCUAAGCAAGUCAAUAGAAAAUACCAAAAAGGAUAAACCAGUUAGCAAACAAGUGGAAAUAUCACAUUUAAAAAGUAAAUCUGAAAUAGGAAAUUCUCAAAAACAUGCUCAAACUAAGGAAAAUAAUCCAAAGCCUAGUAAGUUAGCUAAGAGUAGUAUGAGCUUUGCAGAACUAGCUGCAUUAGCAAAAACAAACUCUAAAACAGCUAAAGUUGAAAACUUAAGUGUUAAGAAACCUAUUCAAAAGAAAUCUGAUAUUAUUGAUCCUGACCAGAACGUGAAGGUUAAAAAAAUUCAAAACAGUUCGAAAAAUCAAAAAAUCGUUUUGGCUGCAAGUAGUUCAGACAAAAUAAAUACCAAAAAUAAAGAUCAAAAACUAGUUUCAACUAUUUCAAAUAAAAAUUCUUCUAGAUUACCAAUAACUCAAAAAAAUAACAACAAUAAUUUAACUAAUGCUAUAAGCAAAAAACAGAAAAUUUCAAGUGGUGGUAAGUGUGGCUUAAUUGCUGAAACCAUAUGCGAAGGUAGUAUUAAAAACAAAGGAGCAAAAGCAAUCAUUGAACCCAAAAGUAGUGUUAAAAAAAUUUUAUCUGACAAAACGAUAGUGAAAAAUACAUCAAAAAAGUCAGCUAAAGAUAUAGAAAGUGAAUUUGAAAAAGAAGAGCGCAUAUUAGCAAGGAAAAGAAAACUGUUUGAAAUGAGACGUGUCACAGGAAAUAAUGACUUAAAAGAAGCAGAUAUUUAUGACGAAGAGGAUUAUGAUCUUGAUGAAUAUGAUUCAGAAGAUGAUGACUUCAUUGAUAACUCUGAAGAACCUGGAGAUGUUUCUCACUAUAUCAAAAAAAUAUUUGGCUAUGACAGAUCAAGAUAUUCAGACACUGAUGAUGAAGAUUUAAAAAACAUGGACUCAAGUUACUCUCAAAUUGAAAAAGAAGAAGCACGAAGUGCUCGUAUUGCACGUAUUGAAGACGAAUAUGAAGCAAUGAAAGAGCAAGAAGAGUUAGAGAGAAAACUUAAUGCAAAGAAAAGGAAAUUGAAAAAAUAAAAAAAAGUUAAUAUUUAUUCUUUUGAAAAAAUAGCAUUUAUAAUCAAAUAUUUUAAA